AUGGCUCCCGCAGUAGGGAGCGUGGUCACGACAGAAACAACAAACCCGGCGUCGAAUACGCCCAAAGUCACUCUCACGGGACCGACUUCUCUCUUCCACCACAGCCUCGUCACCAAGGACUUUAACCUCCUCAAGUUCCACGCCGCUGCGUCCCUGCAGUUGCAAUUCGGCAACCGACGCCACGAGCACGUCGCCCCGUCCGACGACCGGCUCAUCGUCUCCCCUUACAAUGAAGAACCCCAUCUGCUCGACCUCAAGCGUCUGGACACGCCCAACCAGCUGCUGGCCAAGGCGCUGACCAUCUUCAAGCCCGUGCGCGACGACUACGCCACCGCGCCCUAUACGGAGUCCUUCAACUGGCAGGCUGUCGUCGACUUUCUGCGCGAUCUCUCCCAGGCCGAGGGUUACCGGUGGAAGAGGCAGAAGUUCUAUGUCGUCACCUUUCGAUCGCAGCUGUUCCCCGACGUUGACCAGCAGCGCUUGCAUGAUCUCGACGUGCGUUCGCAUCAGGAGGCCACUGCCAGCGGUGGUCUGUUGAAGUACUGGUUUGGGACCAAGGAUGAGAAGCAUCGGAAUUUGGCGACCUGCAUCUGGCGCAGCAGAGAGGAUGCGCACGCCGGAGGCACAGGCCCCUGGCACCAGCAAGCCCGGGCCGCCGCCCGCGAAAUGUAUGAGAAGAUUGUGUUUUCGACGCUGAAGCUGGUCAUUGAUGAUGAUGCCUCGUCGUGGGAGAUUAGUGAGUGGACUGAGGAGGAUGCAUAG